CGGACUCACUGAUCACUCAGCUCACUGCACACUGACCUGCUGUCUCCUCAAACAUGACUCCAUUUCACUUUCAGCUUUUUCACACUGAAACCAGUCCUGCUGUCGUUUUUGGAUGGGAUUACUUGUUGCAACACGACUGAAGUAGUCCCUAGUGGUAAUGGGAUUACUUUUUCACCGGAGUGGCUUAUCAACUUUACGAAUGAAAAGCAGCAUGGUGGGUAAGGAUGAAACGUCGCCCACAACACGGAAUAAAUAAAACUGGAAGGCUCUUUAAGAAGGAAACCGGAGGCGGCCUGCAAGACUGGCAGAACCUAUUUGGAAGAAGUCUGUAAAAUCAUAUCCAGGCAAAGCUACAUCCAAGAAUGAGGUUCAAAUACACAAUAUCCAUCGUCUUUUUUGUGGCUCUUGUUAUCAUUGAGAAAGAAAACAACAUUAUCUCAAGGGUGUCGGAUAAACUCUCCUUAAAGCAAACCCCCCAGACCCCUCUGCAGUCCAGUGGUUUUUCCCACAUACUGCUGAAGCACAAUGGCUCCUUCCCGUCUCUCAACAAGAUGAAGAGGCGCUUGGAAAAUUACAGCGAACACCAAGAGGUGACGAUAAAAGGCAAAAAACACAUUCUCCUUUUCGCCACCACCAGGACAGGCUCCUCGUUUGUGGGCGAGUUUUUCAACCAGCAGGGCGAAAACAUGUUCUACCUGUUCGAGCCUCUUUGGCACGUGGAAAAGAUGCUGACUCUGGAGACCGGGGGCACCAACGCAACGGCGGCGGCGAAGGCGUACCGGGACGUGCUCAGGCAGCUCUUCCUGUGCGACUUCUCCCUGAUGGAAAGCUUCAUCGAGCCCCGUCCCGUGGACCACGUCACGCCUGCCCUCUUCCGGAGGGAGUCCAGCAGCUCUCUGUGUGAGGAGUCCGUCUGCAGCCCGGUCGUCAAAGGGGUCUUUGAGCGACACCGCUGCCGGACAAGGCGCUGUGGGCCCCUGAACCUGACCAUGGCUUCUGAGUCCUGUCUCCAGAAGGAGCACAGAGCCAUCAAGUCGGUCAGGGUGCACCAGCUGGAGAACCUCCGUCCUCUGGCCGAGGACCCGCGUCUGGACAUCAGAUUCAUUCAGCUGGUUCGAGACCCUCGGGCUGUACUCGCCUCGCGCAUGGUGGCCUUCGCAGCCAAGUACAAGAACUGGAAAGACUGGGCCAUGGGCGGGAACCAGCCCAUCGAUAACGACGAGGUGAGGAAGCUGAAAGGCAACUGUGACAACAUCAGGUUUUCGGCCGAAGUCGGCCUCAGGCAGCCGCCGUGGCUGCGCGGGCGCUACAUGCUGGUGCGAUACGAGGACAUCGCUCGCUUUCCCAUGAAGAAGGCGGCAGAGAUGUACCGAUUCACUGGGAUCCCCUUCACGCCACAGGUGAAAUCCUGGAUUCUGAAGAACACGCAGGCCUCCAAGGAGGCCAGCGGUGUUUACUCGACGCAGAAAAACUCCUCUGAACAGGUGGAGAAGUGGAGGUUCCGUCUCCCCUUCAAAAUAGCCCAGGUUGUGCAGAGAGUAUGUGGACCGACGCUGAAGCUUUUUGGGUACAAACUGGUGACCAGUGAACAGAUGCUAACAGAUAAGUCUGUCAGUCUUAUUGAGGACAAAGUUUUCAACUUUUGAGAAAGAAACAGAAAGGACACAAAAUCUUGAUACCAAAAGCUCAGUGGAUUGUAUUUAUUAGGAUUUUAUCCUGAUACAAGACUGGAUAUUUUAAAUGUGUACUAUUUAAGUUUUUUUUUUUUUUUUUUACUAUUUAAAAUAGUUUGAUGAAGAAAAUAGAUGUUAUUUACAUCUAAACAUUUUUGAAUAUUGAAUCAAGAAUGUUUGACAGUACAAGGAAAACUUAAACCCUGAAGAAAACAAGAGUCUCAUUAUUUUUGCACUCCAGAAUGACUUUUCUGUCCAGCACCAGCAGUGCUGUUGCACUGCCCUGAAUACCUACUCCACGCUCACUUUUUUUAUUUUUUUUAUUAAACAAACAUGAAAAACUCCAGGGGGAGAUAGCCAUUGGUUUGUGAGAAAUAAGCUUUUUCAGAUACUUCCAGGAACCCAGGUUAUUUUUGUGGAACUCCCAAGUUAGCUGCUUUCAUACCAAAGACAUUCAGUUAAAGAGAAAUGCAGGGCUUACGACGAACAGAAGCACCUGCAUCCGUCCAGGUAGUACCGUCAACGUUUUGUGAUCUGCUACUUUAUUGAUUUCUUCCCUUUGCUCAAAGGUCAUUAUGACUUCAUGUCUGAAUGUGCUCCAUGGAUUCCUUUUCCCUCUGCUCUCCGUCCCGCUCUCUCUCUCUUCUUUCUUUUACACCUACACACCCAUACUGUAUUUUGUUGUGCAUGCACGUUUGUAAUUUGGCCAAAGGCUGUUUGAAGUUGUCAUCGGGACUGUCAGGACUCAUCAAAUAAAACAGAUGUUUACACUGCUACUGUACGCCAACAUUCCAACUGCAGCUGGUUUGCAGGAUUGUACGAGGUUUUUGUCGGCGGGGAUCCGUCUGUUGACAGAAGCCUCCUGGCUGGUAAUAAUAAGAGGCCACCAUACUCUGACCAGCUAAUGUUCACUUUCGUGUUUUCAUGUAUUCUUUGCUGUAAUA